GGGAUGGCUCUGGCUGCCUGGGGCCAGAUCUUCUUCUGCAGCUCCAUCAGGGACAACCAUCACAGACUCAAGGCCAGUGGGGGACCCAAGGUUAAAGGCCUGUUCCUCCCACCCUCAUCUGUGGAUUUUUCCAGCUGCUUUCCUUGGCUCAAGGAUCACACCCAGAGGGACACAGAUGGUAGAGGGGGAGGCAGAGAAAACAGUGAAGCUGGAAUGAUCUGGACAAGAGGCAGAUGUUGGGAGGAAGAGACCGAGAAAUGGCUCCAGCCGUCUGAGACAGGACACCCAGGACAUCUUUUUAAGUAGUGUCUGUGUUGGGCAUGGUAAGAGAGGUCUCAGCAGUCCACUCCUUCCCUCCCACCGUUGACUGGGAAUUGGAGUUCUUCCUGCCUCCUUCUAGGACUGCUUUGAAGCCUAGGAGCCCCAGCUGCUAACAUCUGGGGGCAGGAUCAUGUCUGCUAACAAAGGCUGGUGGGCAUCACCUGAGGGUGAGGACAGCAUGUCUGAGAAGUUCCUGAGGAAGACCAGGGAGUCUCUGCUGGUGCCUAUAGGCUUAGGAGGCUGCGUGGUGGUGGCAGCGUACAGGAUUUACCGGCUGAAGCCUCGUGGUUCCACCAGGAUGGCCACACGCCUGAUUCACACCCGAGUGGCAGCACAGGCCUGUGCUGUGGGUGUGACCACGCUGGGUGCUGUGUACACGAUGUACAGAGACUACGUCAAGAGAACCACGCAGGAUGCUGGGGAGAAGUGGGACUCCUAUAGGCCUGGGGCAGUCAGACCUCUUCGAUCAACCCCUGGCCGCCUCCCUGGGGACCAGGCAGGAAGAAGGCUGCAGCUGGGAGCAGAGUCAGUGCGGCCUCAUGGGAGACAACACAGAUCCAGAACCCAAGUGCCAGGAUGA